AUGCGUCGCUUUGAGAGGAUCAACGACGUCGUUGAACCCGUUGAGGAGUACAAACCUGGCGGCUACCAUCCCGUGCAUCUAGGAGAUGUAUUCCAAGAGAGAUACGAAAUUGUCGGGAAAUGGUCAUAUGGCCAAUUUUCCACAGUGUGGCAUGCAUGGGACUACACACUGGAGAGAGACGUCACGUUGAAAAUCCUCAAAGCCACUGCUUUGGAGAAAAGCAAGGAACUCUCCACUUUUACUCAAUUGUCGCAGGCAAAAAAUCACCCGGGGAAGAAACACGUUCUUUCCCUUCUUGACCAUUUCAAACAUAACGGUCCGAACGGUUCACACCCCUGUCUCGUGUUCCCUUCAAUGCUAUCCGAUGGUCAGGUAAUGACGGCUCAUCGUAUGGCUCGAAGUGUAAUGUUUAUGCGGAAUAUAUCCAAACAGAUUAUUCUCGGUUUGGAAUUUCUGCAUGAAACGGAUUUCAUUCAUAGUGAUCUGCAUGCUGCAAACAUACUUUUCAAUACCACUCAGACCGAGUAUCGGGACCUUCUUAUGCCACCGAAGUUUAGCCCAGUUUGCUGGCUUCCGGGGAUCGAAGCGGACUCGAGUGCUCCGGAAUAUUUGAUGGUCUCCCAGCGACCUUUUGGUUUCCUACAUGAUGCCGAUGGUUCGUGCUUGACGGUUAAGAUUGGCGAUCUUGGUGGAGCCUUCCAAUCGAAUGAUAAGGACUCCCGUCCUGUGACUCCCUUCGGGAUGAAAGCCCCUGAGCUGUUUGACGGGCGUCCGUUGGAUAAUAAGAUUGAUAUCUGGGCACUAGGUUGCUUAUUAUUCCAGUUUGCUACAAAUGAGCCACUCUUUCCUGUGAUGAGGUUCGGCUGUACUGAGGAGGAAUGUCGCCAAAUGUUGAGGGAUCUCGUCACUCAGAUCGUUGGAAGUGGCUAUGUCGGCUUUGCUGUUCAUCUUGGGGAAAGGCUGAAAUCUGAUUUUGAUGGGGAACAUACAGAGCAAUUUGCUCAAUUUCUCUGGCCAAUGCUUCAACAGAAUCCACAGGAUCGACCCUCUGCCAGUGAGCUUUUGAAGCAUCCGUUUCUGCAUUGUUAA